UUGAAUUCAAACCUACCUCUCUCUCUCUCUCUCUCUCUCUCUCUCUCUCUCUCUCUCUCUUCUCCUCUCUCAUCUCGGAGCAAUGGAUGACCCAUCCAUGUCGACGGAUCCGGAGACGGCGUUCUUGGCCUCGAAGCAGGUGACGGGGAACGAGUGGGAGCUCUACAAAGAGAACGUCCGGCCUCUGAAGCGCGGCCGCAACGUCCAGCUCCUCAACCAAGCCCUCCGAGCCCAGCACGACCGCGGCCUCAAGAAAUCCCUCCUCCAGACCCGCAGGGGGAUGAUCCAGGCCAUCGAGGAGUACAAGGGGGAGGAUCCUCUUCAGCCGUGGCUCGACUGCAUCAAAUGGGUUCAAGAGUCAUUUCCCAGUGGAGGCGAGUGUUCAGGGCUGAUUGUGAUUUAUGAACAAUGCGUGCGUGCGUUUUGGCAUGAUGACCGUUACAAGGAUGACCUACGCUAUCUUAAAGUGUGGAUGGAAUAUGCAGAGAACUGUGCUGAUGCUGAAGUAAUAUAUAGUUUUCUUGAGGCAAACCAAAUUGGGCAAAGCCAUUCUAUCUAUUACUCCUCAUAUGCGUUGCACAUGGAAUCCAAGAAUAAAUUGAGAAAGGCUGAUGAGAUCUUCAAUCUUGGUAUAUCAAGGAAAGCAAAACCAUUGGAAAAGUUAGAAGCUGUGUACAGGACAUUUCUUGUACGAAUAACCAAGAAACAGGGUGCUGUUGAUGAUGAACAACCAAAUAAUCCCUUGCCAGUUCGAAGCUUUGGAACUGUCCUGACAACAGGAGAAGCUAGGAGACAGCCUGCAGAAAAUUCUGAUCUCACGAAAAGGAGGACAAAGCUACAGAGGCUUGAUUCUAAUAGACCCCUUUCUAUUUACAAUGAUGCUAACUCUGGAGCAAGUCAUCACUGCAAUAAUGAUGAGAGAAAGGAGAACUCCUGGCACAUUCUAGGAACCCGAUCAGACCGGAAUAAGGAAAAUACUUCAGUCCCUGCCAAAUGGGUCUCGUAUAAGAUUCCUCAGAAAGUGAGUACUAGAACAGGGCUGGCAACAUCAAGCACUCGUAUUGAGGUGUAUAUUGAUGAGGAACGUGCAGAUUCUCCAUCGAUGGAUGUCGCCAAGAGUUGUAAGCCUUCUGUAUUGAAGCUUAGAAAAGCAACUAGCCAAAACCUCAAGAAGGAAACUGAACUGCUGAAAGAAGAUCCAUUGCGCAAUUUCCCUCUGAAUAGUCUGCGAUAAUUUGGAUCUGUGUUUCAGCAUCAAUCCGACAUGUCUGUACUCUUAUGAAUCUGCUUACCUUGUCCAAGGAAACUGAACUUCUCGAAGAAGAUCCGUUGCACAGUUUCCUUUGAAUUGUCUGAUAUAAUCGGCGUCUUUCAGUACCAGUCGAACAAGUCUGCUUUCUUAUGAUGGUGUUAUGUUGUUGAUUGAUGAUUUGUGUUUUUUUUCUUCCAUUUUUCUCUUUUGUUCAUGUGUUCAUGCAUCCAGCUUUUAUCUCCAAAUCUGGUUACAUUUAUAUUUGUCCAGGGAAUCUACUUUGUAAACUUUGUGGAUGUUAUGCUGGCACUAUUGAAUUAUUGAUUCAAAUUUUAAUUUUUUUUCCUUCAA